AUGCACUACUAUGGCAGCUACUACGGAGGCCUAGGCUAUGGCUAUGGAGGCUUCGGUGGCCUGGGCUACGGCUAUGGCGGUUACGGAUAUGGCUGGGGCCGCCCAUGGGUAUAUAAGCAUCCUCCUACACAUGCUGACAUUCACACUCAGGAUCUUGCCUUGAACAGCAAAGCACGUACCAUCACUGACACCAUGCACUACUACGGCAGCUACUACGGAGGCCUGGGCUACGGCUAUGGAGGCUUCGGUGGCCUGGGCUACGGCUAUGGCGGCUACGGAUAUGGCUGGGGCCGCCCAUGGUCCUAUGGAAGAUACGGAUUCUCUGGCUUCUACUAA